CCGGUCCAUUUCCUGUUUUCCAACUCGCGCUAAUAUUGCUAGCAGCCCAGCACCGAAUGAAUAUUUGUUACUCCUUUUCCUCCUUUAUUAGUGGAAAAAGUUUGGGCACCCCUGGCAUAAACAAUCCGACGAUGUCUUGUUCCCAGUGAGCCAGCAGACGCAUGUCGCGGAUCAGGACCACCCUAGACAACGUCACCAAAGCAGUAGGAAGCAAAGACCUCAUUUCCAAGUUCUCCCGACACAAGCCGGUCGCGGUUGACGGCACCCAUGCGGAAAAAGUUAUGUCCAAAACCGACAAGGACCCGAAUGUAUUGCCGCCACCCGAAGCUGCCAUGGAAGAAGAACACACAGCAGAAGGCAAGGUUGAAGAGAAGCCUUUUGUUGCCGCGAAAAAGUCAAGCUCGGGCUCUGAGACAUCAAAGCAGACAAUGCAGCUGCUCCACCCUGCAGGGCUUCCAACAAGCAUGGAUGAGACCUACAAGACAUUGGCCCAGCACAUCAACAGUUACUUUGGCAUGGGGGAAGAUGGUGAAAGCAGGCCCCAGCAGCACAGUGAUCCCAAUCCUCAAAAACCUGCAGACCGCAUUCCAGUUUUAUCUCCAGUGGCAGCACCCAAAAGCACUGAAGCGCCUCCUCCCGCAGAAAGCACAGCUCCGUCCGUCCCAAGUUCCACUAAAAAAGGCUUCUCCCACUAUCUCUCUUACCCUCGCCCGAGCGUUCAGGCUUUCGUGGGUAACUACAUCGCCCCGCUGGUGCCCAAGUUCCGAGGCGAUUCCAAAAGCGUCGAGAAAAGACAGCUCCCGGCAGCCGGUGUAGAGGAAGUGAAGACGGAGAGUGAAGAAGAGAAGGCAGAUGAAGUCAAGCAGCAGCAGCUUUUGGCUCAAAGAGAGAAGAUAAUAGCCAGGGUGAGUGUAGACAACAGAACCAGAGGCCUUGUGAAAGGCUUGCAGAGAGUUGCUGAAAUCCGGCUCCUCACCAGUCGUGUGGAGGAGCUCAGCUUUCAUCUGCUGGAGUUCCCUGAGACACGAGGCGUGGCCAUCAAGGAGAAGGCGGUGCCCUGCCUGCUGCGCUUGCGCCAGGCCACCGACCACCGCCUCCAGGCUGCUGUGAGAGAGGCGCUCGCUCUGAUUGGCUACACAGAUCCAGUCAAAGGCAGAGGAAUUCGAGUGCUGGCCAUAGAUGGAGGGGGAACAAGAGGAUUACUGGCUCUGCAGACCCUUCUCAAACUGCAGAACCUGACUGGAAAACGAAUCCACCAGCUCUUCGACUACAUCUGUGGAGUCAGCACAGGUGCCAUCUUGGCGUUCAUGCUGGGGAUUUUUCAGAUCCCCCUCGAAGAGUGCGAGCAGAUGUACAGGAAGUUGGGCUCGGAUGUUUUCAAGCAGAAUGUUAUCGUGGGGGCCGUCAAGAUGGGCUGGAGCCAUGCUUUCUAUGACAGUGAAAUAUGGGAACGCAUCCUCAAGGAACAUAUGGGUGAUGGACGCUUGAUAGAAAGUGCCAGAGAUCCAAACUGUCCCAAAGUGUCAGCUGUGAGCACAGUCGUGAACCGGGGUCUCCCCCUGAAAGCCUACGUGUUCCGGAACUACAGGCUCAUGCCAGGAGUGAGGUCGCACUACCACGGAGACUGCAAAUACAAAAUGUGGCAGGCCAUCAGGGCCUCGUCUGCGGCGCCGGGCUACUUCCAGGAAUUUGUACUGGAAAAAGACCUCCAUCAGGAUGGCGGUCUCCUGAUCAACAAUCCCACAGCGUUGGCCAUCCACGAGUGCAAGUGCCUAUGGCCGAACACGCCGCUCCAGUGCGUGCUCUCUCUUGGCACUGGGCGCCACGAAACGGUGGGGAAGAACGGAACCGCCUACACCAGCCUCAAAACCAAACUCACCAACGUCAUCAGCAGUGCAACAGAUACUGAAGAGGUUCACACCAUGCUGGACGCCCUCCUUCCGCCCGACACUUACUUCCGCUUCAACCCAUACAUGAGCGAGGACGUGCCGCUGAACGAGAGCCGAGUGGACAAGCUGAACUUCCUCAUGGGCGAGGGCGAACGCUACCUGGAGCGCAACGACGCCAAGCUGCGGAAGGCGGCCAGCGUGCUGGCUCAGGAGAAGGGCGGCAUACAGAAACUGGCCGAGUGGGCCAAGCUCAAGGCCGACAUGUACGAGGGGCCCCUCUUUUCCUCUAAACUGUAGGUAACCCAGUAAGGUAAGAUUACCUGGGGCCACCUUUAGGCAUUUAGUUGGCAUUUCGGAAUGCAAUGUCUGAUGUUUAAAUACUGAUCAACUUCAAAAAGACUCUAAUUAGUAUUUUAACAGACAUCCGCUCGCAUAAGUGACAACUAAUUUGAUCAUGUUUUUGUGAAAACUGAUGCUAAUUUACAAUAUUGCACAGUACUUGUAAGGACGUCAACACAAUUGCCUGUUUAAAACAUACUUGCCAACCCUCCCGAAUUUUCCGGGAGUCUCCCGAAAUUCAGCGCCUCUCCCAAAUAUUUUCCCGAAAAUCUACCGAUUUUCAGCCGGAGCUGGAGGCCACGCCUUUUUUUUUUAUGAUGGGAAGACAACAAGGUGACAAGAACUAAAUCAUCCAGACUAGAGAUAAAUUGUAUUAUUAUGUUUAUCUUACCUAAAAAUAAAUAUAUUCAUUAAUUAAAAAAAAAAAACUAAAUACAUUUUUACUAUAUUUUGCUAAAAACAUCAAAAUUAAUUGUAUUUUUAUUUGUAUUUUUUCUGACUCCUUAUUACAUCCAGCCAUAGAAUUAUACAUUAAAAUAAACAUAUAUGAAAUAAUUAAU